CGAGAUUUAAAAAAACAUCACCAACUUAUUUCAAUUUUAUCAGUCACGAAGCGGACUCUAGCCAACGUUGUAAAACCAAGCUUGACCCGUACCUCUUUCAUCCUCCUUGGUGCAUCAGGAGACUUGGCUAAUCAUGAAAUCUAUCCAUCGUUAUGGUAUCUCUAUCGCGACAAUCGGUUACCGAAUAACACGAAGAUCUUUGGUUACGCAAGAAGAAAGCGCACGAUCAAUGAUCUACGCAAAAGUGUCGAACCGUACGUCACUGUUAAUCCACGCGAGAAGAAACUUUACGAUGAAUUUUGGUCUUUAAAUGCGUACAUUAGUGGUAGUGGCACUGAAGACGCAGACUAUGAAACGAUUAGGAAAGCCAUCGAUGAAUUUGAAGAUGGUGCCGAAGGUAAUCGAUUAUUCUAUCUUGCAAUACCACCAACGGUCUUUAUGAAUGCUACUUCGCAGAUCAAGCGAGUUGCCAUGGCUAAAACUGGAUGGACCAGAAUAGUAGUGGAAAAACCAUUCGGUCACGAUUCUGAAAGCGCAAAUAAACUGAAUCAACACCUGCGAAAGUUGUUUACCGAAGAUCAAAUCUAUCGCAACGACCAUUUUCUAAAUUACGAAAUGGUACAAAAUAUAUUCAGCUUGAGAUUUGCUAACAGACUGCUGGCGCCAGCUUGGAACAAAGAAAACAUCGCAGCUGUUGCGAUUGAUCUGAAAGAGAAUGUGAACAUAGAAGGUCACGGUGCUUCUUUCGAUAAGACCAACUUCAUUCGUGACGUUAUGCAAAAUCACUUGCUCCAGAUGAUGUCGUUGAUAGCCAUGGAACGGCCGAAAUCAAAGAAUCCUGACGACGUCAGAGAUGCAAAAGUACAAUUUCUAAAAUCUGUAAGGAAGAUAGUCAUAGAUGACGUGGUAUUGGGCCAGUACGUGGCUAAUCCUGACUCGAAAGAUCCACGCGCACGAGUCGGCUAUCGAGACGAAUCGAGUGUACCUGAUGACUCCAUCACGGCGAGUUUCGCUCUUACUGUUUUGAGAGUCGAUAGUAAACGUUGGAGGAAUGUCCCAUUUAUUUUAAGAGCUGGAAAAGCUAUGAAUCUCAAUCAGACUCAAAUAAUCAUUCAAUUCAAAGACGUUGAGGCUGGUAUGUUCGAUAAUCAACCAAAAAGGAAUGAAUUGAUUCUGACGGUUAAGGGGAUUGAGGGUUUGCAGGCUAAGAUGACUUCUAAAGUUCCGGGUUAUUCCAGCGAGCUUGAAGAAAUAAAUCUUGAUUUUAAGUACGCAGAGGAACAUAAGGGCUUUAGAAUACCUUUGGCAUUCGAAAAAUCAAUCUUUUACGUCUUCCAAGGCGCUCAAUCGAAGUUUGUACGAUUCGAGGAAAUCAAGGAAGCAUGGAGAAUUUUCACUCCCGUACUUCGUGAGAUUGAAGGCAAAAAAAUUCGACCACUCGCAUAUAAGUUCGGAUCUACAGGACCAAUUGAAGCUGAAGAGAUGGAGAAGAGAAAUAAUUUUUUAAGAGAUUGAAUAAUUUUUUUUUCAAUAUAUUAUCUACACUUCCUUUAUUA